CCCUGCUCCCGGGCUGCGUGGUGGCUGAGGCUCCCCCCUUUCAGCGGCGGAGGCUGCUGGCUCGCUCCGGUCCCCCAGAGUGGAACCUUGCAGGCCCCGCACCUGGCGAUGGAAACGGCGCUCCCCGCUGUUGGCAAGGAAGGAAACCUCCACAAAAUAACCAAGUUCACCUGAGGUGUCUGUGAAGGCAGGAAAAUGCUGUGGAAAGCUCUCCUGAGGGUGGAGCUGGGGGGAACGGGCAACCGGGCCCCCUCCAUGAACUGGCUCCUGUCCCCGGCCCUCCGGUACCGGUCCACUUCUGUCAUGGAUAACCACCAUGUGGAGCUGGCCCGAGAGCGAUCCAAGACAGUCACCUCCUUCUACAACCAGUCGGCCAUUGACAUCGCAGCGGAGAAGCCAUCUGUGAGAUUGACGCCCACCACCAUGCUGUAUUCGGGACGGUCGCAGGAUGGCAGCCACCUCCUGAAAAGUGCCCAUUACCUUCACCGCGAGCUGCCCGUCCGCAUCGCCCAUCGCAUCAAGGGCUUCCGCAGCCUCCCCUUCAUCAUCGGAUGCAACCCCACCAUCCUCCACGUGCAUGAGCUGUACAUCCGAGCCUUCCAGAUGCUGAGCGAAUUCCCCACGAUCAAGGACCAAGAGGCAGAAGCCCAGUACUGCAAGCUGGUCCGGCAGCUGCUGGAUGAUCAUAAGGACGUGGUGACGCUGCUGGCCGAGGGGGUGCGGGAGUGUCGUAAACACAUCCAGGACGAGAAGGUCAUCCGCUAUUUCCUAGACAAGAUGCUCACCUCCCGGCUGGGGAUCCGGAUGCUGGCGAUCCAUCACCUGGCGCUGCACGAGGAAAAGCCGGACUUCGUGGGUAUCAUCUGCACCCGUCUCUCCCCGAAGAAAAUCAUUGAGAAGUGGGUGGAUUUUGCAAGGCGUCUGUGUGAGCACAAGUACGGGAACGCCCCGCGGGUGCGGAUCAAUGGGCAUGUGGCUGCUCGCUUCCCCUUCAUCCCCAUGCCCCUCGACUACAUCCUGCCGGAGCUGCUCAAGAACGCCAUGAGGGCCACCAUGGAGUCUCACCUGGACACGCCGUACAAUGUACCGGACAUUGUCAUCACCAUCGCCAACAACGACAUCGACCUGAUCAUCAGGAUUUCGGACCGGGGUGGCGGGAUCCCCCACGAGCACCUGGAGAAGGUGACGGAUUAUCACUUCACGACGGCGGAGUCCAGCGCCCAAGACCCCCGCAUGAACACCCUCUUCGGGAACAUGGUGGACAUGGUCAACAGCGGCCAGUCGGGCCCGAUGCAUGGGUUCGGCUUCGGGCUGCCGACCUCCCGUGCCUAUGCCGAGUACCUGGGGGGAUCGCUGUGCAUCCAGUCCCUGCAGGGCAUCGGCACCGACGUGUACCUCCGUCUGAAACACAUUGAUGGCAAGGAGGAGAGUUUCCGCAUCUAGAGACGCCCCCCUCUCCCUGGGCCGUGGCCCCCUCCGCAUGGACAUUGGCUUUGCUUCCCGUCACUCUGUGCUUGGAUACCCACGGCCCUGAUCCCACGGCCCCGGACUCCUGGGUUCCCUGCAUCUCCACGAGGGGGGGGGCGACUUUGAGCUUAUGGACGGGACGUCGCCUCCUGCUGGUUAUUCCAGUCCCGCCCCUGGAAGCACCCUAAUGGAUUCUUUAUUCGGUGGGGCGGGGCCUGGGUCGACCAACCCCAAACAGGUUUUGAAGGCAACGGACGCUUCCCGGCGCAUGUACCUCCCUUGGUAGCUCCACACUGCCAGCACCUUGCACACUCGUUUUCUCACCCUUGUUUCAUUCCCUUCUUCUCAAGAAACCAAAUCGAAGGACGGCGUUGGAGUGGGGGGAAGACUUUUAUUGCUGCGCAUGGCCCCAGAAUCGCUCCCCCACCUGUCUCAACAGCCCCACCCCUUCACACUUUGGACAGGGGAAGAAUUUUAUGGUUGCGCCUGGAUGCUGGAUUCCCCACCCACCCACGGCACAUGGCGGAUGCCAAUUCUAGCCCUGGUUUUUGUUUUCCCGCUUUCUCGUUUAUUUCAGGGGGGUGGGGGUGGGGCAGGAUGUGGGUUUGACUCCCCUCCUCGGGGGUGGCCCGGGGGAACCAGACCCUGGACCUGUAUCUCGCUGUGAUACUGAUUAAAAGCGCCGAUUCUGAAAGGCGGCGAGGCCGUGUGACUCUGUGCCGGAGGGAGCAGGGCAGAGCUGCGGUUCCUUGCAUGGUUGUGAUCAUCUAGUCAGACACAAGCUGUGCACCUUCCACGAAUUAACUCCUGUUUGAAGUAGAGCAGAUCUUUCAGGAAGACAUCCCAGCUUGAUUUUAAAAUCGCCAGUAAUGGAGAAUCCACCAUGACCCUUGGGAAGUCAUUCCAGUGGUUAAUUCCUCUCAAUGUUAAAAAUUUGCCCCGGGUUUCCAGUCUGAAUUUGUCUAGCUUCAACCUCCAGCCAUUGGACAUUGUUAGGUUUGUCUGAUAGCUUGAAAAGCCCGUGAUCAAAUAUUUGUUCCCCAUGUAGGUACUUAUAGACUGGGAUCAAGUCACCCCCCCUUUACCCUUCUCUUUGUUAAGCUAAAUAGAUGGAGCUCCUUGCGUCUGUCUCUCAUAUUGGGUUCUGGGAAAUGGGCGGGGUAAGGUUGGAUGUUUUGCUAAAAGCUCUGCUCUAGGAAUUAUUUUGGGGCAGUUCUCUAGCCUGUGUUAUGGGAGGGGAGUGAGGGGAUCAGACGAGAUCCCAAAGAUCCUUCCUGGCCUUGGAAUCCAUGACGUGUGAAAAGCCGGAGGACACGGAUACAGGGCGUUGCGGGAAUGGCAGUGGAGUUCAACAUAUGAGUGUGGAUGCUGAUGGGGGGGGCAUGGGGAAAAAAGUGCAGGAUGACACACAGUGACCCUGCCGUGCAGCUCUGCUCUCGGCCUCUCUGUGGGAAGGAGCUCUUCUGGUUGCUUGAGGGUGUAACGGAAAGGAAAUGAUCCGGUGAGAAAUUUGCCCUUUCUCUGCCACCAGUGAAGGCAAGAAACUUUCUCUAUUAAACAAGAAACGAAAGUUGA